AUGCGCAGCAUCGGAGUGAAGUUCCGAAGAUUACACGGAGUGAAGCAGAAGAGACUGAAGCUUCCGCGCACCGUUAUAGUUGACUCCAUUUACGAGGAAAUUUUUUUGUGGCUAAGCAGCGUUAUUGAAGCUGUUAUUGGUGAUGCUCUUGUUCUUCCAGGCUUAGCUGGGCUAAGCCUUCAAUCAACUCAUUUCAUUGUUACAUCAGCAAACUUAUUGUCUUGUGAAUGCACGAUUCAUAGCACUGGUGAAUCCUUUGACAAAUCAGCAUGGUGUUCUCAUGAUUAA